AUGCCUGCUUCAGACGUCGAAGAGGUGGAGAAGACCGACGUUGACAGCUUGCUACGACUUGUUCGUGCUCAUCAGUGCCAGCAUGACGACCAUACUUAUGACUCUGGCGCGCCCGCUGCUAUCCAUCGGUGCAAGACUAUGCUGACCAAGUUGCGGAAACUACUACCUAAGAUCAUGCGUCCAGUGGCAACACUAUCUACGGAAAUUGCUGUCCCUAUACUUGUAGAUCUAUGUCAACUUUUGACACUGCUGCUCGGCGGUGGGGUAUGUCCACACUCGAUGACGCUCUUCAUGGAGAACAACACUGGAGCAGUACGCGGAGAGAACUCGACGUCUUCAGGCUUUCCAUCCUAUCCGACAAUUUCUACCAUGAUUUUUUACAUGGUAUCAUUCUAUACGAACGAAAGACUUCGACAGGCACAGCGAGAUGUGCGUAACGUGACGUUACAGAUGGUGCUAUUUUUACAAAGGAACGACAUUUAUGGAUUUCUUCAUUUCUUUCGUGAUACAGUGCAACUACUGGAGGACUGUUUCUUGUUGGAGGAAUCACUGAAGGAUAGAAAUGUGACGACUAGUACACAUAUCGAAGCGACUAUCGCGUGUUACUUAGAUACAGCAAUUCAUGUAUACCAUGACGCGGUUGGACCGCUGGGUGCAAAAAAUAAUGUCAUACUGUGUGGUUGCAUACCGAUAAGCGAUAUGACUCAGCUUUACGAACGCAGGGAACAAUUGAAGCAAAUGCUGCCGUCUAUCCACGUCAGCUCGUAUGAAAUGGUGGUGGCCCUUCGACAAUCUGUGGUUGUCUUGGCGGAUCGGAUCAUUCGUCAACAUAGCACAAUAUUGGAAAAGGACUUAUUUUUUGGCAGAUUAUGCCAACUUGUGGAGCUUUUUAUCGUCAAGAAUAAAGAGUUUAUCAAGAGCACUGCUGGGACGCACGGGGACAGUGCUGUCUCAAGUGAAAACGCACAUGAGGUUACUCGAUGCACGUUUCGACUGUUGUACACAAUGCUGCAGACAAGCUUGUUUAUAGAAAGACGUUUUGUCCGCCUGACCCUAGUGUACUUGAAGUCUAGUUUUCUUCACGAAACAACCCCGCAAAUGUUGAAAGUAUGCGCUCCAAUUUUUGAACUGCUUGGCAUUACUUACCCUCGUCUCUCUACUUUUGCCACCGAUGCUAUGUGGCCACAUUUCGAAUUAUGGGUGUCUAGAAAUAUGCAUCUUGUUCGAGGCUCUGAUAAGGAAAGCACAUCCUGCGGUGAAACAAUUUGGAUGUCGGUGCUUUCGAUUUUGCGAGUGUACGCUCGUCAAUCUGAUACUUUGCCUCCUGCGUCAUUAUUUGUGGGCUUGCUAGACUAUUUUGACAUCAGAGUGUCCAAUCCAGUGCUCAUUUCGAGCGUUGUCGAUGGCAUCCACCGUGUAUUAUCGACAAAGGAAAUGCUGGCGAAAGUAUGUUGCUUUAUAUCGAAACAGCUAGUGAGCAAAGGGCCAAAUAUGGUAGCAAGGCCAAGUCAAUAUACUGACACAGCAGGAAAGCGAAAACGAAACGAAAUGUCCUCGUGCAGGCAAAGUCGGUCUUUGGAUUUAUAUCACAAGAAUGGCACUGAGUUGCAUGAUAGAUUAGGCGAAUGGAUGUUGAACCUCAUUACGGUCGAGAGUAAUGACGGAAAAAGCGUAAUAGCGAUUUCCACCGGUCUGCGAAUAAUUCUGCCGCUUCGUCGCUACAUUCUAGCCUUUGUUCGAUUAGAAAGCUUUGCUAUCUUUCGGGCACUACUUCAGCGUGUUGAUUUGAUUUUAAACACCUACGCACCGCUGCUCACUCCCCUUACAAAUGAAUAUCUGGACUUAUGGAUUAUCCUGCUGCGGUAUUUUGACAAUCACGAGCUUGAAAAACACCGUGACCUGUUGAGCAAAGUUAUUGAAAGUGUGGAGACUCAGCAGAUUUUUGCACGAAGCGUUGAAAGAGACAAAGAGUUUGUUGUGCCAGACUGCUGGGAGUAUCUGGCUUUCUUAGACUUGUAUCAAAGUUGCCCAAAAUGCUACGAUAUGUCUCCAUCGGAGAGGCUAGACGAAGUGUCGUACGAUUAUCUUUGUAGCGCAAAUGCUGUACUGGAUAAUAUUUUUAGGAAACCAAUGGCCCUCCAUGGCCCAUUCUUAGUGUACUUUGUGUGGUCACGUCCUGUAAUGCUCAAUAUUGUUGAUGAGGAUUCCUGGCGAAACACUGUUCCAUGGAAAGUUUUGUGCCGGACUAUAUUGCAGGAAGCAUCAUCUGAUGUUGCAGUGUGUUCUUACCUUGUGAUGUCUCCGCUGCUAGCUUUUUUUGCCGUGGCUGGAUCGCUAACGUCAUCAAAAAAGAUGACUACGUGCAUUGUGGAGGCUUUCAGUGGCAAGAUACAACGCACGGGAUCCGAAAUGGUUUUAUCUGUCAUAACACAGUCGUGUGCGGCAGUACUCUGUGCAACAGCAUACGGUCACGAGCGCGUUGAUGGAACAGACUAUUUCAGCGGCAAAAAACAUACUGCUUCCCGUUCUGGCGUUAAGACUUGUCAGUGUCGAAAGAUCACCGGCAGCUUCCAAGUGUUGCCAAUUCCGCUAGUUUUGUUUGAGCCAAUUAUUUGUGGCGAGAUAGAUUGCGCUGCUGAAAGAAUGCAGGUAGUAAAAGUUAGCGCGCUCUCGAGUGUGCUGGAGCAUUGCGAAGUCGAUUACAGAAACGAUCAGACUGCCAUGCGAUUCGUGAAGCACCUUCUAGCCUGCUUUGCGGAUCCGUCUAGACUCGUUCGUCAAGCAGUACUGGAAUUAAUUGUUAAUCAACCACGUCUUCUCGAUGCGAUGAUUGACCCGGUGGAGGAAGGCGUUGUUGGACUGAUGGAGCGCGUGGAGGCAAUGGUGACCGCGGCAGAAGACAGUUCUGAUGAUAGUAUCAUGAUAGCAAUGAUGAUCACGUUGGGUACUCUUGGCUGUCAAUGUGAUCCGCAACAAAGAGAUCGUACAGAAAAUUGCAUGUGGAUUCUUUUACGCUUGGUAUCACUCUGGAAUCGGUUUAUUAUCACGCAUCGGGAGCGACUCGCCGUGAUGGCUUGCGACCAGAUAUGUCGUAUUACUACGCACCAUCGGGUAUCGUGGAGACGGUUAUGCGUUGACUAUCCUGACUUCCUUUACUUUCCCCUCGUCGAUGAACUUUUGGACACUAAAACCCUAAAGCUGUUCCUCUGCACAUUCAUGGGCGGAAAGGUCGCAACUAAAGUUUUCUUGCGCGAGAGUGCACCGUACGUUCUUCCACAUUACGUUGUUCAUCAAAAUGAACGAAUGCUGCAUGCUUUUCUUGGCAUAUUCAACGGACAGGAAGAUGAUGUUAUAAUGACUGAGAGUGGUGCAGAAGGUAAAGCUCCAAUGAGCAUUACUAAUUUUCUUUUGAACUACGUUGACCAUAUACUGAAAGACCUGAUCAUUCAUCAGGUGCAAGCAGUCUCGAACCAGAACCGCCUGGCAGAAUGGGAGUUUUUGUUUAAGUUUUUGCCGGAAAACUCUACCGUUCGUGAUGUAAUUAUGCAUUCAUCACUGCGGCUAAUGAACCUGCUAGUGUGGGAACUCGGCGGGCCUCAAUGUCGCAUGGCAAAGCGGGCGAUACGAGAAGUGGCGAACUAUCUGCGUGAAGAUUCGCGUGAGGCUGGAGUAAUUGAACAAAAUGCGAGCCUAUUACAACUAGGGGAAGGGUGUAUGCCUCGCCAGUAUUUUUUGGCGCUCAUGACGGACCUAGGAAAUCGAAUGAGCAGCACAAAAUCGACUGCCACUAAGAUCCGGGCUAUUAAAAGCGUUGAUCAAUUGUUCGAAAUUUUCUCCGGUUUCUCUCCAGAUUCAAUCAGCAUUCAAGGUCAUGGAGUGGUCGAUGCCUUUGUUCCUAAAGUAAUGGCAACUCUAAAGAUUGGUCUUGCAGAACGUGAAUUACGAGAGCAUGCCAUUCAUGCAUGGGGAAAUUUUCUGCGAAUGCUGUCGUUUAAGGCGUUGGAGUCAAACCUGAGUUCUAUUGUUGUUAGCUUGCUUCCGUGCCUCGGCCGCAAGACAUCAGCUGUAUUGGUUGAAGAUAGUUUUGUUUGUGGUAGUCGCUGCUGGAAUCUGGAGUUUCUCGAACGUGUCAAUCGUGAUGUUAGAGCGGAGGUCAUGCCGCCGGGUGACCGUGACGAAGUUGAAACGAAGUGUAUGGUGGCAGCCGUGGAUAUUUUACGAUAUUUAUUUAUCGAGAAGCAAGCUGAGCUGAAGUUUGCAUUUCCGAAAAUCCCAUUACUACCUUCUAUUCCGGAACUAGAUGAAAUUUACGUGGCGCUUUAUAAGGAAGAUGGAGAUCCAAGGUGUCGUCCUCUAAGCGAUUAUUUGAUGGAUCUAUCGGCCUACGCCAACCAUCUUGAUGUAGCAGUUCGUGAAAUGGCUCUGACGCAAUUACUGCGAUGUUUGGUUGUACGUGGCACCGAGUUGGAGAUUCUAAUGCAAAAUGAAGGAAGCAUUUAUAUCAACAGAGCAGUUGCUAGCGUGGUACAGUCAGUGUUGCAGGUCUCACGUGCAGACAGUCAUGAAACUAUAAAACUUCUUUGCGCUCGCUGCUUGGGUGCCUUAGGCGCAAUUGAUAGCGCCCGCGUACCGUUGAGUAUGUUUUACACAGCUGGCGGGCUUCACACAGGCAAUACAGUCAACAAAGAGAAGGUGUGUCAAAAAAUUGAACACUCGACGAAGGAUUUAGCAUGUGUUCUUAUAGAGACAUGGUUGGUCAAGGAGCUUCGCGCAGCGCCUGAGAAUACGGAUUCGUUGGCAUUUGCAAUUCAGGAGUUACUGAAGUUUUUGGCCGAACUAACAGCUGAUCCACAACAAAGUGGUUUGAGUUCGGUAUCGACCAACAACUUUGGUUCGUCAUUCAAGUCACGGCAAGACCUUAAUGCUUCUAUGCCUGAGUGGAUGAAAAGACGAUUUGAGCGAAAAGACGUUCUUCAGUUUGUUGAGCCAUAUUGGUCAACGAAUUACUCUAUUUCAGGUAGCAGAUCUUCACGCCGCCACAAUGAAUGCGGCUCUGACCGCCGAUCAGCCGCAAGCGCUGGUCGAAACGUGCGCCCUACCCGGGAUGAUUGCUCCUUUUUUGAGACAUAUGGAACAUCAUAUGAAGAGUGGCUGUUGAUGUGGUGUCGGCGAUUGAUUCACCUUUCCCAGCCGCCAGAGCGAAAGAUCUUUCGGGCGUGCGAAACUGCGCUUGCUACGUGCCCUCAAAUAUCCCGAUUCUUGCUGCCUUACCUUUUUCAGAAUGUCCUCCGAUCUGGUAGGUCUGAAGUCGGUGAGGAGCUCAAAAAGGAAGUCAUGGCGAUAUUAGAUGGUCAAGAUUGUGGAAUUUUGAUGGAUGACUUUCUGACGAGUCUGCACGAAUCCGAGCAAAUGAAUGACUCAAUCAGCGCUGGUGGUGGGAUUUCUAAAAAUGCUAUUGGCGAUUACCAUCGUUUUGAUCAAUGCUCCCAGACCAUUUUUUCGACAAUUGAUGAGCUAAAUGAAUGGGUUUGGACAAGCGAGAAGAAGCGUCUUGCCCUCAGCAGUAGUGCUGCGAGUCGUCAUACGUCUGCUUCCAGCCGAAGCGAUUUGCCUUCAGAGAUUGAUGAUCAAGAGAAGGAUUACUUGGACGAGUUUUUGAAAGAUAUUCCCAGUCGGUCAUUGUCACGAGCAGCUUAUAAAAUUAAAGCCUAUGCUCGGGCAAUUCAAUACUUUGAAGUUUAUCUCCGGCAGCAAGACUUUAUUCCGACUGAAGCAAGCGACAGUAAUAUUGAGAUUGCCGGCCCAGUCCACCUUUCUUUGAUAUCAAAAAAUGCUUUUUAUCUCCAGCAGCUGUACAAAAGUGUCGAUGAACCAGAUGCGCUUAUCGGUUUAGCGUCGUUACGGCGCUUCUACGACGCAUAUCGGCACAAUGAUACCGGAGGGAACCUGAAAGGUGAGAUCCAAGAGGAGGGAUUAAACCUUACAGACCUGAUGCAUCAAAUUGUCGAUCACGAGCAGCUUGCUCAAUGGGAAGACGCAUUGGCUUGCUAUGAGCAAGCAAUCCAAGAAAUCCAGUCUGCACUGUCGUGUAGAUCACUACCCAAUAGUAGACCAGACUAUAGCCAGCUUGCGAUGAUGCAGCCUUCUGUGCAGCUUUUGGAUGCAGUUUCGCACAAAGAUCCGGAUAUGAUAAAGCCUGAGUUAUAUUCAGGAAUGAUUGGUUGUCUUAUUCAACUUGGGCGCCUCGAAAGUGCUUUGCAGCAUAUCAACGGUAUUGUUACACAAGAACCGCAAUUCAUGGCUACGAUGUAUCCUUUUGCUCUAGAGUGUUCUUGGCGCCUAUCUCGAUGGGACUUACUCACCGAACUGCUGAGUGCUGAAAAGCAAAACCCACUACUUCACUCUUUGGUUAGCGCAUCUGAUGGUUCAGUUAGCGCUCGACUAAAAGGGUUUGAUGUUUCACAACUAAUGCUUGUUCGUGUGUUGCAUAGCUUACAUGGUGACCAGCACGAAGAAUUUCAGCGUCACUUGAAAGCAGCACGGUUAGAAUUGAUGGGACCCCUCGCAGCGGCAUCUGCUGAGUCAUAUCAACGCGCAUACCCCCUUCUUCAUGAUCUUCAUUUUUUACACGAGGCUGAGCAGGGUUUCAUAUUUCUGCAAACAGUGAAGCAGUGCGAUGACCUUGGACAACGCAGUGUUCUUUGGGAUAAGCAAACUCCUUGGAAGGUGCGCUAUAACUCGAUGGCAACGCAACUUAAGUACCGCGAUCCGAUACUGGCGCUCCGCCGGGUGAUUUUGCACGAGGCAGGGCUUCGAAACGAAGUUUCUGAGAACUGGUUGAUGUACGCAAAGCUAGCGAGAAAAGAGGGGUUUAUUCGCACAGCCACAAGUGCAGUGAUGCAUGCCGAAGCGCUGGACAACCAGUACGCGCUUAUAGAAAAGGCCAAGUUACUUGUAAGUCAGGAUCGGAUGUAUGAAGCGUUGCAAAUCCUCGAGCCCGUAGACAUCGAUGCGUCUAUGUUGGAUUUUGAUGUUGAAGACCCUCACUUCUGCGCAAAGAAUCUGCUCUUGGCGACUAAUUGGAUGCAAGAGUCUGGCCAGCGACAAGGUAAAAAGGUGAUUGAGAGAUAUGAAGCAGUCAUCCGCUUUGAUCCGACAUGGGAAAAAGGAUACUUUUUUCUCGCGAAAUACUACGAGUACUUGUUGAGUGUAAGCCACCCUGACGCUCUUAGUGGGUCAAUGGGUAGUGACGAGGUGGCUGAUCUUUUGCUGGAUUCGGUGUUUCACGUUCAGCUAAUCAAUUUGAUGAAAAAUUAUGUGCUCGCACUGGCACAUGGUACGAAAUAUGUGUUUCAGUCCCUUCCGCGGCUACUAACACUAUGGUUUGAGUAUGGUGAAGUGCUUUAUGCAAGCAAUAGGCCGACAAAAAAUAAAGCGAACAAGGCCUUGCGGCACAUCGAGAUUGGAUUGAGUCAGUCCACUACCCAACAGAAGGUCCUCGAUGAUAUCACAAACGUUGUGAAUGAAGCCGCCAAUUCUUUGCCUGCUUAUGAGUGGCUCGUGUGCUUUCCACAAGUAACGUCGCGCAUUUGCCACCCUAAUCCGGUUGUAAUUGACGGUGUCAAGAAGAUCAUGCUUCGGGUGCUCAUGGCUUAUCCGACACAGGCAAUGUGGCCUUUGCUUGGUCUCUCGCGAUCGUUGAACCUUCAGCGGCGAAAUUGUGCACGUGAAAUCAUCUCAUGCAUCCAGCACGAGUUUCUUUCAAAGGGCCUAAAAGAAACUGCAGACAGUUUUUCUGAGGGAAUGCGAAUGGCUGAAGAACUUAUUAGCCUUGCAGCGCAUGACCCCGGCAACGGUCAACGCAAGAUUCACAUUCGGUUGAGCCGAAUUCGGACCAGGAUUUUAGUGCCGAUCCAGAUGGCUUUGACCACAAUUUUGCCAACGACUGGACUUGCCCCUCGCGACGAAUUUCAUGUUGCCUUUUCUUCGAGUGCGCAAAUUUACAUAAAGGCUUUUAGUGACAAAGCGGAUGUGAUGAUGACGAAGGAGAAGCCCAAACGCAUCGAAGUUUUAGGCACCGAUGGACGAUUGUACCCAUUUUUGUGCAAGCGCGAAAAGACUGGCGACCUCCGCAAGGAUGCGCGUAUGAUGGAGUUUAACUCGAUGAUCAACAAGCUUCUUCAAAAGGAUCGAGAAGGCCGCAAGCGCAAGCUUCGUUUGCGUACAUACGCCGUGGUGUGUCUGAAUGAAGAGAGCGGGCUGAUGGAGUGGGUGAGACAUACGAAAGCCAUGCGUCAGCUCAUCGGCCAAAUUCACAAAACUGAACGUGGUUACAUACAACCUGUCCGAUUGACACACGAGAUUAAGGAGCGGUAUCUCAACAUGCAGAAAAAGUUUGCAAACGAUCCUCCAGCAAUGGCACGGUACUAUCGUCGCAAGGUUUUAUCCUUGCCGGUUUUUACGCCCCGAUUUCACCAGUGGUUUUACAACAACUUUGCCGACCCAACUGCAUGGUUUGAGGCUCGGCUCGCAUUUUCGCGGUCAGCAGCCGUGUGGUCUAUGGUGGGGCAUGUCGUCGGCCUUGGUGAUCGUCACGGUGAGAACAUUUUGAUAGACUCGACCAACGGUGAGUGCGUGCACGUGGACUUUGACUGCCUUUUUGACAAGGGUCUGAAGCUGGCAAAACCCGAAAUUGUGCCAUUCCGUUUGACACCAAAUAUCAUUGAUGCUUUCGGAAUUACGGGGUACGAGGGUGUUUUUCGUCGUGUAAGUGAAGUAACGAUGCAUUUGCUUCGCGAAAACAAGGAAACACUGCGAAGCGUGUUAGAGUCGUUCAUCCACGAUCCAUUAGUGGAGUGGGGCAGGCGCGGCAAAGCUACGCAGAGCAGCAGUGGCUCAAGUAAAAACAUUGCUGAAAUCUCUAGCGAGCGCAGCAAGAUGGAAACACGACUUGUUCUCAAAGCUAUCGACGAUCGGCUGCGCGGCGUUUACAACCUGGGCGAUGCCAUCCGUCCACUGGUAUCACCAGCGCAUCGGAGCAUUUUACCAGAGAUUGAAACAUUGCCACUUUCCGUGCAAGGACAAGUUGAGAAGCUUAUUCAUGAGGCCACGUCGCACGAAAACCUCGCUCAAAUGUACAUUGGAUGGAUGCCGUUCCUGUGA